CGACCCACUCCGUCCGGAGGCUGGGUCACUCAUCUCAUGAAGGACUGAAAUCAAGGGCCUCGGUUCGCAAGCGAAUUGGUGUUCUUGGGCGCGACAGAUGGGCGAAGUGUGGUGGCACUUUCACCACCACCAAGCCGCUCCCGGAACUGCUCGCAAGCUACAUCACGCAUUCCGCCGUAUACAAGAAGAAUGGCGAUAUCCUAAACAAUCCCUCUACCGGGGAAGAUGGCAUUUCUUGGCUUAUUUCGGAGUGACGGCGAAGUGUGGUGGCGAGGCAGGCAGGGACUUGGUCAACGGCAUCGGUGAGAUUGUCAGGCGGUCAUUCGAGUACGAAGUCCUGUGAUUGGAUGGAACUCGCAGGCAACCGGGGUUGACUGAUGCUUGCACUACAAAGCCACUUCUGAAAAUGUGAAGUAACGUUUCGAAAAACCGAAUUUG